CUCUCAUACAACGGCAGUAACAAUCUUUCACUACCUGGCGCGAUUGGCCCACGCUCUCUCAAUUAGCCGCGUCUCGAGGACGCUGGCUUCCCAAAUCAACUCUUCAAAUUAAAGGGCCUGCAGGUGUGAGCAUCGAUCACCAUGUUGCGCCCUGCGACACCGUUGUCGGUGCUGCUCUUCGCAGCAUUCGUCUUGCUUUUACUCUCCGUUAUCUCGACCCCCAUCAUUAGCGUUAUCCCCCUGGGCAGCUGGGAAGGGGUCGAGUUCGGCGUCUUUGGGUACUGCACCCAAACGGGCUGCAGCCCUAUCGAGAUUGGCUAUGAUGUCGACCUCGGAGACCUCCAUCCCAAAGACUUCACCCUCUCUGCUUCCACCCGUUCCACUCUUUCUGCCCUUCUCAUUGUUCACCCAGUCGCCGCCGCCUUGACUCUCAUCAUGUUUGCCCUCGCGGUAAUCGCUCACUUCCAUAGCCCCUCCCACUCGCCAAGAUACCUGCUGCUACUCUUCCUCGUCGGCAUCCUCAACUUCCUCGUUACCCUUCUCAGCUUUCUCGUCGAUGUCCUGCUCUUCGUGCCACAUAUCGCCUGGGGUUCGUACCUCGUUCUUGCCGCCACCAUUCUGGUCGCCUUGAGCGGUCUGAUCUCGUGCGCGAUGCGGAGGGUGGUCGUCGGCAGGAAGGCCAGGCAGAAGCGCAUUGCCCAGAACGCAGAGAUGAGCGGCGAGAAUUACUACAACCGCCAGGCGAGACAGCGGCCUGAACCUGUCGCCACUACGGCCGUACUCACCCAACCUACACUUCCUGUUGUCAGCGGCGCUAAUGGCGGGGCUGACGCACUGCCUGAAUUCGCUUCGUAUACAAAGAAGGACGAUCAGAGCAGCGACGAGAGGAUCCCGCUCACUCACGCCAGAAGCCCGUCGAGCAGAUCGCCGGGCACCUUCACCACCGACCAAACUACCUAUGUAAACGACGCAGGCAGUCCAACCGACAUGGCGCCCUUGCGUUCCAUGUCGACUACGCCUGGUGCCAGAGAUCCGUAUGGAAAUCCCAUGCCCGCUCACGACGGAUACCCCCUGAGAUCCGCAUCGGUCGAGCGCGUGGGCUCGCCACCACGGGGGCCAAUGCCUCCAGGCGGUUACCGAGGUCGUGGCGGAUACCCAGGCCCCGGAAGAGGCGGCUAUGGCCCCCCGUAUGGUGCUCGCGGUGGUUAUGGCCCGCCAGGCCGUGGAGGUUACGGGCCUCCGGGUGGAAGGGGAGGCUACGGCCCUCCUCCCCGUGGCUACGGCGGGCCCAUGCGGGGCGGGCGUACUCCACCCCCACCAAAUUAUCAAGGACCACCUCAAGGUCCCUAUGAUAGAAGGGGUUCGCCCGCUGGCGUAUACGGCCCUGGCCAGUACGGCCCCAGGCGUCCAUCUCCUGGUCCGCCGUCUGCGCCUGGCUACAUGAAUCAGUCAGUGUCCAACGCUUCUUCAAGUGGCUACGAGCCGUACAAUCCUUCCAGGGAAGAAGAUCUCCCCCGCGCGGAGUCUCCUCCUCCCCUUCCAGGAAUCGACGAUGGGAUCUCUUCGACACAACCGGUAGAGAUGGAUGCGUCGACACCUAGUCCAUCCAAUGCGCCGCAAGGACUCCAGCCAGCAAGGGCUCCAAGCGCGGAUCGCCACAUGAGCGGUUCUAGCAGGUAUAGCCAAGAAGAGUAGGUUGUCAUUCCCCCCGGUCUCUGCCGUUCGAAUUCCGCUAAAAAGCAAUCU